GGGAAUUUUUGACCGGAAUUUUCGUCAGCUGCGUUUGGCUGCCGUCAUCUUACGCAAGUGUAUGCAGAGCACAUUGUUAUGCAAGUGUUACACAAGAUUUACAUGUGACUUCAGUUGAGAGAGGCACCCAGACUGGUCAAGAAAUCGAAAACAGCAGUACAUCAUGGCGGUUGUGAAGGAAAUUUUCAAGACAAUGUUCGGCACGCUCGACAGCCCCAACCAUUCCGUGGUCUCAUCUUCAGCCGUACGUAAAUUAUUCACAAGAAUGGAUUACGAGGAACGCAAGUACGAGGGAGCUAGGUGGACCAGCACCACUAUUCCUGACAUAGAGCACCGUACAGCUGUGAGCACGGGCUUCAGAAGACUGUUCAAGUACAUCUCUGGGCAUAACGAGAAACAGGUGAGGAUCCCGAUGACGGUGCCUGUGCUCACGAAGGUGGAACCAGGAGACGGACAGACAGACUUCAUGGUGUCCUUCUUCGCGCCUCACGCCGACCAGGCCGAGGGCACGGCCCAGCCUUCCGACCCGGAGGUCUUCAACAACUCACUCCCAGAAAUGACUGCUUACGUUAAGACAUUUAGUGGGUACGCCAAAGAUGAAGACUGGACCAAACAGGCCGAGUUGCUGGCAAAAAGCCUGGACAACGACGGGAAGAAGUACCACAAAGACUUCUACUACACAGCCGGAUAUAACAGCCCCUUCAAACCGAUUAACAGGCACAACGAAGUCUGGUACAUUAAGGCAGAAUAAGGAGAUAGAAAUUUUGUAUGUUCGAAGCAUGCCCAGCAUUUGGUUGAAGUAUGUUAUUUCUUAACUCGAUGUAAAUAAACCAUUCUCGUGAAAAAAUUAAUGAUAAGAUAUUUGGGCUCUGAAGAAGAUGGAAUCAUGGAAUCAGAAGCUGAAGUUCAGAUUAUAAAAGAUUAUUAGCGACAGAAUAAGGAGAUUGAAUUUUUGUAUGUUCCAAGAACGUUUUAGCAUCUAAUGGAAAUACGUUAUUUCUCAACUUUAUGUAAAAAUACCUUCUUGCGAUAAAUAUCAAGAUGAGAUUUUGUACUCUAGAGAGGACGAAACCAUAAGGUCUAGCUAACUUUGAUUUAUGCGUAGCUAAAAGUUUUGUAAACAUAACGCAAAUGAGACGGACUUAUUACAGAAAAUAUAUUUACAAAUGUUAAUUAAGUCACGGGUUAUUGGGCUGAAGAUACGUUUAACACUGCUCGAACCCAAAGUGCAGAGUAUUAUGUUAUAACGUUAAAAUGUAACAUUCCAGAGUCGAUGAAAGAACGUGUCGGAAAAAAGAAGACAUAUUCAAUGCCUUAUACACCAUACACAAAUACAUUAAGUGUUAGGCUAUUAGUUCUUGUAACUUCGUUUGCCCGAAAGGAUACUUUACAGAGCCUAUGUAUGUAUCUUGUAGCAAGAGACGUCUUUCUCGCAAUAGCUAAUAAUAUAAUUAAUGCGUUCAAUAGCAGUGAAUGUUACUGACAUAUGAUACCACUUUCUUACUUGUGUAAAUCCUUUGUACAACUGUGCCGAUAUGGGGCAAUGGGCCUUUUAAUAUGACGGAAACAUCAAAUGUACUAGACACAUGUAAUUCGAUUAAAAUCGAAUGUGCUUUUUCCAAAGUCCA